GGAAGCGGGGUGGCCAUCUUGGAUGUUGUAAGAGCAGCACGGAAGGGGGCAGAGCGAGCCAGCGGGGGGAGAGAAAACACCUCAAAAUUCCCCCCCCAAAUGCUUAGCGGAGUGCUGCGAGCUCACCGGUUACGGUAAUUAGCGGUAGCGGUGAGUCCCCGGAAGCCUGAAGUGUACGUUUCGGAAGCCUGUCGUUCGUGAGCCUCGCCCCAGUGACAUUACAUCUCACCCGGGGCCUGUGAGACCGGCUGUUCGGUGGCUGUUGUUUCUGGAGGGAGGUCCCCGGCUCUCCGUGUUUGCUCUUGGCCUGCCCACCCGGGGUUCAUGAUUGCACUUUAUCUGUACAUAGCCCUUGGAUACCGUUAUAUAAGCCCCCUCACCGGAUCCGCCAAGGAAGAACCCUCAUCUGUAUAUAAUGAUCCCACUGGGCACCCGUGGGUGUCUGCUGCGGUGAAGGACUGGAAUACACCCCCUGCACAUCUGUCACCGAGUGGGCAUCUGGCUACAACCACUAUAAAUACCGAGCCCAUCACCCACCCCUCUUCCUGAAUUACAAACACAGCAAGGGUGCUCAAAGGGAAUACAAUGUCCACGCGAACCCCGCUGCCCACGGUCAACGAACGGGACACGGAAAACCAUACGUCUCACGGAGAUGGGCGGCAAGAGGUCCCUUCCCGGCCGGGCCGCUCCGGGGCGCGCUGUAGGAACUCCAUAGCCUCCUGUGCCGACGAGCAGCCGCACAUCGGGAACUACAGACUCCUAAAAACCAUCGGCAAAGGAAACUUCGCCAAAGUGAAGCUGGCCCGGCACAUCCUCACCGGCAGAGAGGUGGCAAUAAAAAUCAUUGAUAAAACGCAAUUAAAUCCAACCAGCCUGCAAAAGCUUUUCAGGGAAGUAAGAAUAAUGAAGAUUUUAAAUCAUCCAAAUAUAGUUAAAUUAUUCGAAGUUAUCGAGACAGAAAAAACUCUCUACUUGAUCAUGGAGUAUGCGAGCGGAGGUGAAGUGUUCGAUUAUUUAGUUGCACAUGGAAGAAUGAAGGAAAAGGAAGCGAGAGCCAAGUUCCGGCAGAUAGUGUCUGCAGUGCAGUAUUGCCAUCAGAAGCAUAUCGUUCACAGGGAUCUGAAGGCAGAAAAUCUCCUUUUGGACGCGGAUAUGAACAUCAAAAUAGCAGACUUUGGGUUUAGCAAUGAGUUCACCGUCGGCAACAAGCUGGACACGUUCUGCGGGAGCCCGCCGUACGCCGCUCCGGAGCUCUUCCAAGGGAAGAAAUACGACGGGCCGGAGGUGGACGUGUGGAGCUUGGGGGUGAUACUCUACACUCUAGUCAGCGGAUCCCUACCCUUCGACGGACAAAACCUAAAGGAAUUAAGGGAACGAGUGUUACGGGGGAAAUACAGAAUUCCCUUCUACAUGUCAACAGACUGUGAAAACCUUCUCAAGCGCUUCCUGGUGCUAAAUCCAACCAAACGAGGCACUCUCGAGCAAAUAAUGAAGGACAGAUGGAUCAACGCAGGCCACGAAGAGGAUGAACUGAAGCCGUUUGUGGAGCCUGAACUCGACAUUUCAGAUCAGAAACGAAUAGACAUAAUGGUGGGAAUGGGAUAUUCAAGGGAAGAAAUUCAAGAAUCCCUGAGCAAAAUGAAAUACGAUGAAAUCACGGCUACCUAUUUGUUGCUUGGAAGGAAGUCCUCGGAGUUGGACGCCAGCGACUCGAGUUCCAGUAGUAAUUUGUCGUUGGCCAAAGUCAGACCGAGCAGCGACCUGAACAACAGCACCGGUCAGUCCCCGCAUCAUAAAGUGCAAAGGAGCAUCUCCUCCAGCCAGAAGCAGAGACGGUACAGUGACCACGCUGGUCCCGCUAUUCCCCCCGCCACUUCUUACCCGAAACGGAGCCAGACAAGUACAACGGAUAACGAUCUGAAAGAAGACGGCGUGCAGUCGCGGAAGUCCAGCGGCAGCGCGGUCGCAGGGAGAGGGGUGACCCCUCCAAGCCCUAUGCUUGGCAACGCUAACAAUCCCAAUAAAGCAGACAUCCCCGAUCGAAAGAAGAGUGCCGUCGUCUCUACUAGCAAUUCUACGUCUAGCGGAAUGACCCGUCGAAACACCUAUGUCUGCAGCGAGCGAGCCCCGACCGACCGACACUCCGUGAUUCAAAACGGCAAAGAGAACAGCCUGACGGGAAUUUUCGCGUACGCAACUAGUCCUGCCUCGGUUUGCGCCAUAUCCUCCAUCUUUGCUCGGCUGCGGCAUCCGAAGUCGAUGUCCAUGUCGGCCUCCAGGCACUCCGAGAUGUUACCGCCGGUAGCCAGCGAAGCAGAUGACGUCGGCUCUGCCACGAUGCCCGAUCAGAGGACUUCGGUCUCCUCGACUCACAGCAUAACCAGCAGCACCACGCCGGACCGCAUGCGCUUCCCGAGGGGGACCGCCAGCCGAAGCACUUUCCACGGCCAGCUCCGGGAGCGACGCACCGCCACGUACAACGGACCACCCGCCUCCCCCAGUCUAUCCCACGAAGCCACCCCACUGUCACAGACUCGAAGUAGAGGCUCCACAAACCUAUUUAGUAAACUAACGUCCAAACUGACCAGAAGGCUACCGAGCGAAUCCGAAAGAAACGGGCGAUAUGAGGGCUCAAGUCGAAACGUGUCGGGGGACCAGAAGGACGAAAACAAGGAGUCGAAGCCGCGGUCGCUGCGUUUCACCUGGAGCAUGAAGACGACCAGCUCCAUGGACCCCGCCGACAUGAUGCGCGAGAUCCGCAAGGUUCUGGAUGCCAACAACUGCGACUACGAGCAGAGGGAGCGCUUCUUACUGUUCUGCGUCCACGGGGACGGCCACGCCGAGAACCUCGUGCAGUGGGAGAUGGAGGUGUGCAAGCUGCCGAGGCUCUCGCUGAACGGCGUUCGCUUCAAGCGAAUCUCGGGGACAUCCAUAGCCUUCAAAAACAUUGCUUCCAAAAUUGCCAAUGAGUUAAAGCUCUAAGGAAAAUAGAGAAAAAUUGUACAUUUUACGUAGCAAAUUUAAGUGUCCCCCCCCCUCCCCCCACCAAGAACACUGGUUUAAAUGUAUAGGAUUUAGGCAAUAAAUACUGCAUCUCCUGAAUUAUGAUAUUACAAAAACCGAACAAGCUGCUGGGAUGGAAGGGAGAAGGUGGACUUUUUUUUUUCCCCCUUUUUUUUUUAUUUUUUUUU